GGGCUGAAAUUUUUUCUGCUCUCUUCUGGUAAUACACUUAAUAGAAAAAUGCAUUCAGAGUACAAAAAAUAUAAAGAAAGAAAAUUGGUUGCCGGUACCUAAUUAAAUUCAGAGUGAAUCCCGUCGGGUGUGUCCCCGCAGGACAAGAGGCUCUCCUGUGCCCAGACUUCUCGUCAAGAAAAUUUUAUAAAUUGUAUUGAGAUCGGUUGACAUGAUCCAUAAUUUGUAGAUUUGGAGGAUGUCCAAAGAAAGACUCCAUAAAUAGAGAAAAUGACAGCACUAAAACAGAGCAAGGAGGGCAGGCAUGGGCAGGGAGGGAUCAGAUGAAAAAAGUGUCAUCCUUCACCUAGAGCAAGAGAGGAAACUAAUUAAAGUAACUGAAUGCACUGGAGCUCUAACGCCUGUUAGAGCUCCAGUGUUAUUAAAAGAAAAGGUCAUUACUCUGUCUAUUUUUGGUUAUUUUAAUUUCUUCCUCCGUGCCAAGUUUUCCGUGUCACCACUGUCCCUUGGUUAGAGGCUCUUUGUUAAAUCCCCAGCGUUUGGAGUAUACACACUGCACAGAUGGAGACAGAGAGCAGUCAGUACCUCUGUAUGCUCACAGCCUCUCCACAACUCCAUCACAUGGAAGAACACAGUGACCCAUGUUUCAGAAUCGCUCCCCAUUAACUUCAGAGCUGCAGCAGGUCAGCACAAACAUGCUGAUUAUCUCACCCUGCCAUCUCUCCGCUGCGCUACGCUACAUUGCACUCCACUCCACUCUACUCCACUCUACUCCCUUGUGAAGUAAAACUGUGGUGGGUGCUCACUGUGUAGGAUGGAGGCUGUGGCUCUCUUCUCUUUCGCAGCAUCAGAGGCAGAUGAGAUCAGCUUCCAGAAAGGAGACAUCAUCAAGGUGGUAGAAAUGGAGGAAGACUCUUUCUGGUUCACAGCUGAGAUUGAGGGGAAACGUGGAUUCAUACCUGAGAAUUGCAUCUCUCUGCACCCUCAUCUCUGGUUUGCAGGAGCAAUAUCAAGACUGGAGGCUGAACAACGACUGUGCUGGCAGGAUACUGGAGUGUUUCUAGUGAGGGAAAGUGAAUCAGCUCCAGGAGAGUUCUCUCUCUCUGUUAGACAGAAUUUAUCAACUAGGCCCAAGCAGCGAAGCACUGUGAAGGCCUAUUGUAAUUGCAGGAUUUCUUAUUUUUCCAACAAAGCAUGCAGCUUUUUGGAGCCUUAAACAUAUUCAAAAACUCACCAAACGUCACCCAAAAUUGUCCCCCAACUAAAAAUUUUGGAUAGGCGUGGCCAAACUGGUCUACAGUGCCCCUAACGUGAGAUAACACAAACCUUAUGUCGUAGAUAUCUAAAAUUCAUGGCCAUCGGGGGAACUGCCCCCGAUGGCCAUGCAAUAUUACAGAGUUGCGUCAGCCAACACAACCCUAUAACAUCCAGAGCCUUACCCACCGACCGAAUCUCAUCCACCACCGGGUCCCUGCCACCAAGGAGCUCUUUAACCACCUCGGCAACCUCGUCCCCAGAGAUUGGAGAGCCAGACCCAAAGACCCCAGGCUCAGCUUCCUCAAUGGAAGGCAUGUUGGUGGGAUUGAGGAGGUCUUCUGCCCACUGGCCCACAACGUCCAACAGUGUUGGUGCUGCACUGCUUCCUCCUGCUGAGACGCUGGAUGGUGGACC